UGAUGAAGUGAAGAGUAAUAACACGAGAGCUAUAGUUGAGGCGGAUCAUAAAUUGAAAGGAGUUAUAUUUAAUUUGAUAUUUAUUUCUCAUUCUUUGUUCAUCUGUUCAUCAACUAAGUUCGUCUCCAUGCUCAACAUUAAUUUUGAAUCUCAUUUCAACGGAACCAAUGAUACUGUCAACUAUUGAUAAGUAAUUGUAUUAUAAAAUGUGGAUGUUAAAAUGUUACCAAUAAGUACCAAAGGAAUCUCAAAUGCUCAUUCUUCGCGAUUUUCAAGAAGUUUCAUCCUAACCUUAGCUGUUGGCAUGACUUUUGGUUUCAGUUUUGCAUAUCUCUUGUUAAGCGUUGUUACCUGGGAAAAGGUUGAUCUUCUUGGUGGUACAUCAUACCUUAUUUCCUCUCAAUCAUCAUCAUCAUCACCAUCAUAUUUCAUGCACGAUGAUCCUCACAGUUACCAAGAAGCAGAAAAUUUAAUAGCCCCUCGUUUCCCAGUGCCUGGCCAUAUUACCGAGGAAGAUGAUCAUAAAAGAGAUUUCACCGUUGCUGAUGAACUGUAUAAAUCUGUCCGAGUAUUAUGCUGGGUUAUGACCAAUCCUAAAAAUCAUGAAUCCAAAGCUCGCCAUAUUAAAGCUACUUGGGGUAAAAGGUGUAAUAAGCUGCUUUUCAUGAGUUCAACUAAUGAUCCCAGAUUGCCAACUGUGAAGUUGGACGUUGAAGAAGGUCGAGAUCACCUUUGGGCCAAAACGAGAUCAGCUUUUCAAUAUGUUUACAAGAAUCACUUUGAUGAAGCAGAUUGGUUCAUGAAAGCAGACGAUGAUACUUAUGUUGUUGUUGAAAACCUACGAUACUUUUUAUCGACUCAAAAUUCAUCGGAUCCAAUUUACUUUGGCUGUAAAUUUAAACCUUACGUCAAUCAGGGUUACAUGUCUGGUGGUGCUGGUUAUGUUUUGAGUAAAGUGGCUCUUGAACGUUUCAUUGAUAAAGGCAUAGAUCCAGCUGUUCAUCCUAAACAAUGUAAACUUUCAGAUGAUGGUGCUGAAGAUGUUGAAAUGGGUAAAUGCCUUGAAGCUCUCAAUGUCACUGCCGGUGAUUCUCGUGAUAAACUGGGUCGAGGGCGAUUCUUUCCAUUUGUACCUUCACACCAUCUCAUUCCUGGUCAUGUUGACAAAAAUUUUUGGUACUGGAAAUACAUUUACUAUGAAUCUGAAGAGGGAAUGAAUUGCUGUUCAGAUACUGCUAUUUCUUUUCAUUAUAUCAGCUCUGACACCAUGUAUGUCAUUGAAUACCUGUUAUAUCAUCUUCGACCUUAUGGAUUAUACGAGAAAGCUAAACAAAAAACGAUCCAAGAUUCAACCAUUUAUAAAGCAGCUGAUUUGUCUAGUCCAAUAUCAUUGCCAUUUGCCGUAUCAUCAUCACGAAUACCAAAUAAUAAACCGCAAGCUGUUAAUACCAGUCAAGCAAUUUCAAAUUAAAUAUUAGGAUGAAUAAAGAAAAGAAUUCCAAUUUUGAAAAUCAAAUGAAUUAUUAAAAUUGGUGUUCUCGUACAUCGUGCUGGCAUUGUAAACAUUCGUUAUAAAAAGGUCUCAAAAUUGGAUACAUUUGGUUUCAUAUGGGAGUUUUAGUGGAGACAAAAUAUUAGUUGAGGAAUCCAACAAUCUAUUAUAAAUGGUGCUCAGCGUGAAUGAUGGAUAACAAUCAACAAAGGCCACAAUAAUUAGCCUUUUAAAUUAUGCCAUAGCAACUCUAACUUCAUCUAUUUGCAGCUCUUCAUGACAUUUUUCAGCAUUUUUCAAGUUACUAUUUCCAUCAAAAACAGGACAUAAUUUAUCAAAGAUAAUCUAAAUCAUGUUGAAGCAAUGUAGCAAUUACAACAGAUCUGACUUAUGCUUUAUACAUGAUUGAAAAUAGUAUUUAAACUCUUUGAGUUAGAUUAAUUUUGUAAAAUUUGUUAUUCACAAAUCAAACUUGAUUUAAUUAUCUGUCAUUACCAUUCCAAUCAAUAAUUGAAAUCUAAAAGGGUAAUAAUCUUCGAGCGUAAUACAUUCCUCCAAAUAUCACGAUGUAUCUAAAAUAUUAGAUGAUUAGUUUAUUUUUUAUAGUUUCAUUUGCUUAUCCAUUUGUUCAACAAACAUGUAAAUCUUGUUUUUUCUUCAACUCAACUAACUAAUAAUUUCAAAGUUUGAUAUUGAAAUUGCCAAAAUAAUUAAUUCUUGGAAACUAGAGAAACUGUAUUUGAUAAAAUGUCAUCUAUGUUGAAUCUCUUCUAGUCAUCUGAUGAGGGAAAUGUUUCUUCGAAUGUAAAUACGAUGGUAAUAAAGAUUUUUUUGCAUUAAAA